AUGAGCUUCGACGGAUUGUCACCAGACUCCAAAGGCGAAAAGAUUGACAUCGAAGAAGGUUUGACGACAGCUAAGGCAUCAGUUGAAGAUCUUUACAAAGAAGUUGCUCUGCAGAAGGGUAUCAUUGAGUCACACCAGCUGGCCGUGGACACAUUGGAAGAAGAGCAUGCAAAAUUCACUACUACCAUCGAAUCGCAUACCAAGGAACAGGGUUCAUACAUGAAUACUAUCAAGGAACUCGAGGCCAAAAUCGCCGAAGCCAAAUCAACCAUCGACUCCUUACAUGACGAAAAUGGUGAAUCGAGACGCAUUGCCGCAUCUCGUCUGUCGGACUACGAAGUCCAAAACAAGGAGCUCGUAGAGCUCAAGGAGGAAAUUCAACGUCUCCCUGCAAGUAACGACAGUCUCACUAUGGAGGUCGCAGAUCUUGGCGAGACAAUUGUAUCUAACAAGUCUACCUUGGGUGCCCAUGAUUGGGAAAUUACAAAUGUGAAGAAGAUCUUGAAAGAACUAAAGGCCACGGCAAAUGAGAACCAACAGCAAAUUGUCGAGCAAGAAAGCGAAAUAUGCCUCAUGUCGACCGAUAACGACAAAUUACAGAACGAAAUUAACAAGAUACGAACUGUGGCAGAUGGGAACAGACCCAAGGCCAACGUCCAAGCAGCGAAAUAG